AAAAUUUCAACCAGUCGUAAAAAAAUCCCGCCAAACGUUGGCAACGUUUUGUUUAUAGCGUUUUCAUAGCACAAUCGGUUCCAUUGACAUUUCUCGGGAAAAAAUCUCUCACAGUGACUGACUUUGGUUCUUUAUCUUUAACAAUCGCCGGAAAAUUAAAGAUAUGGAUAUCUCCGACAUAGCUAGGAAGCUUGGUCUCGAUAACAACAAGCUUUUAAUCCGAAAAGCUGCAGAGAUCCGCCGUCUUUGCGAUGCUCAGUUCGAUUCAUCUAUCAUCGGCGUUGGUGAGAUCUGUAAAGCUGUGAUAUGUCUAGAAAUCGCCGCCUCUAGGUUGCAGAUUAUAUUUGAUAGACAAGCAGCGAUUAAAUUGAGUGGUAUGUCGGAAAAGGCUUAUUCUAGAUCAUUCAAUAGUCUCCAAAACGUUAUUGGGAUCAAGAUUAAGCUUAAUGUAAGAGAAUUGGCGGUUCAGUUUGGCUGUGUUAGGAUAAUCAAAUCUGUGCAAAAUGUGUUAUCCUCGUAUAAGGAGAGGUUUCUUGCGUCACUACCAGCAUCGAGACGGGCAAAUGCUGACUUUACUAGGCCUGUAUUUACAGCUGCUGCUUUCUAUUUGUGUGCUAAAAAGCAGAAGCUUAAGGUAGAUAAGCUUAGGCUGAUUGAGGUUUGUGGAACAUCAGAAUCUGAAUUCUCUUGUGUCUCCACCUCUAUGACAGAUCUUUGCUUUGACUGUGUUGGGAUCUCAAAGGAAAAGAAAGAUGCAAAAGACAUGAAAGGAAACCGAGACUUGCUUGAUGUGUUACCUGGAAAGAGGAGAAGACUAGAGGAUGGUGAAUAUUCAUCUGAUGAUGAGUCUUCAUGUUACAAAAGACACAAGAAGAUGGAAGAGGCUAAGUAUGAGGACUGGAAAUCUACAGUCGUUAAUUCGAUCAAGCAGAACCCAGAAAAAGGAACUAAGAGAGUUAUACAGGCCAGUCUCAAUUUCCCAAAGAAAUUCCCAUUUCAUUUCACUGAUUCCCAACAAGUUUGGAAGAUGGGUUUUGUUCUGUCUGACGAAUUGUUGGGAGCUUUUGCUCCGAUUCUGGUGUAUUGGGUUUAUUAUGGGGUUUAUGUGGCUCUCUCUUCGUUGGAGAGUUAUAGAUUGCAUUCAAAGGUUGAGGAAGAAGAGAAGAAUAUUGUCUCCAAGUCCAAUGUUGUUAAAGGUGUUCUUCUCCAACAGCUUAUUCAGGCCAUCGUUGCGAUCAUUUUGUUCACAGUGACAGGAAGUGAUGCCGAGUCCAGCACGACACAGCAAUCUUCCGUAUUGGCUCUAGCUAGCCAGAGUGUAACCGCCAUGUUAGUCCUCGACACAUGGCAAUACUUCAUGCAUCGGUAUAUGCAUCACAACAAGUUCUUAUAUAAACAUAUCCACUCUCAGCACCAUAGGCUUGUUGUUCCCUAUGCUUAUGGAGCUCUAUACAACCAUCCAAUAGAAGGCCUUCUCCUCGAUACAAUUGGUGGGGCUUUAUCUUUCCUUAUCUCGGGUAUGUCUCCAAGAACUUCAAUCUUCUUCUUCUCCUUUGCAACCAUCAAAACCGUGGAUGACCAUUGCGGACUCUGCCUCCCUGGAAAUCUGUUCCAUAUCUUGUUUAAGAACAACACCGCGUAUCAUGAUGUGCACCAUCAGCAUUAUGGAAACAAAUUCAACUUCUCUCAGCCUUUCUUCGUCAUGUGGGAUCGGAUUCUUGGUACUUACAUGCCUUACUCUUGAGAAACGGAAAGAUGGUGGAUUUGAAGCUCGUCCAACUAAACAAGUUAGAGACUGAUUAAGUUGAGAGCCUGAGUAUUUGGAACACGUAGAGAGUACUAAUCAGAAGAAGAGCUGAUUUGUUUCUCUCAAGUCCCUAGAGCUGCACUAGCCUUGAGUUUGAGAUUUGUAUAUAGUAUACAUUAUAUUUAUACGUUUUGGUGUACCUGAAACAUACUCGUUGAUUAUUUAAAUCUGAGUUUGUAAGAGAAGAAACAGAGUUGGCUUAUGCAAAAAAACUAAUAAGUUGAGAAUUCAAUG